ACUGGUGCCAGGACACUCUGUGUUGCUGGCGUUGGUGCUGCAGGCCAAUCCUGAGCUGGGAUCUGCCUCUCCGGGCUGCGGAUGGAGGAACCCCAGGGCCCCUAGCAGCAGAAAGCUCCCCAGCUGCGAGGCCGGGGAGCCCCCAAAGACACGCGGGGCUGAAGAGUGAGAUGGCAUUCCAUGAUUGCUUCAGUUUAACCUACCCUGGGAAUCCCCACCCAGGGGACUUGAUUGAAGUGUUCCGUCCCGGCUAUCAGCACUGGGCCCUGUACUUAGGUGAUGGUUAUGUUAUCAACAUAGCACCUACUGAUGGCAUUCCUGCGUCGUAUUCAAGUGCCAAGUCUAUGUUCAGCACAAAGGCCCUGGUGAAGAUGCAGCUGUUGAAGGAUGUGGUGGGAAAUGACACCUACCGAAUAAACAACAAAUAUGAUGAGACAUACUCCCCUCUCCCAGUGGAUGAAGUCAUGAAACGGUCAGAGUUUGUUAUCGGACAGGAAGUGGCUUAUGACUUGCUUGUCAAUAACUGCGAGCAUUUUGUAACUUUGCUUCGCUAUGGAGAAGGAGUUUCUGAACAGGCCAACCGAGCAAUAAGUACCAUUGGGUUUAUGACGGCUGCUGUUGGUGCCUUCUCCCUCCUGGGCUUGUUUUCAAAGAGACAAAGACAAAAGUACUAUUAAUUGACGGAAGAGGUAUUGAAACUGAAGGAAUUUAUAAGAAAGAAACUAAGACCUUAUUUUCAAAUCAUCACUAGCAUCCCAGGCCCUUUAAUAAAUCGCUUACUGAUACUACCU